AAAUUCAUAUUGAAUUAAAGUGCUGUUAUGAUGAGUUAGCACAUAUUUGAUAUGACAUGAAUUAGAAGCACUAGAGUUUGCACGAGUCACGACUCAGUCCCGUACAACUCUGUCUCAUGUAUGUCCAUGUUCAUUGAAAUCCAGACAGUGAGAAGCUUCCUUUGCCCCCCCCCUCCCCUGUCUUUUGCUGCUUCUACAACAGAACCACCUCUCAACUCAAAGACCCGGAAAUUUUCUUCAAGUUUGUUCCCUUUGUCUGUAGCAGUUCUUCGACUUUUCUUUAGCACUUGAGUUGAGUUGAGUUGAAGCGCCAUAUUUUAUUGGGCAUCAAAAUUCAGCAGCACCCAUAAAAUUGGUUUUUGUUUUUUGUAUUCUUUGCUGAAAGUUCACUUUUCUUCAAUUUGGUAUUGCUUUUGGGAUUUAAAGGCGGUUUAAACUUUAAAACUUUUGGCCACCAAACGUUCUGUGCUUUGACUGACUGGUAGUGGUGGGUCAAAUUACAGUUAGCAAGUAGAGCUGUCAAUGAUCCGCGUAUGCAACAGCUAAAUUUCAAUAAUUUAGACCCUGUGUGGAGCUUUUUAAGGUUUUUGAAAUUGAGGGACUGGUGGGUCUUGGUUGUUGGUUGGGCUUUCUUGGUUUCUCAGCUCUUCUCUCUGUUUUGUACUUGAGGUUCUGGAUAUUGGGAACUGAUUUUAAAGUGUUUGAGGGUUGUUGUUUUGGUGUGUCUUUUGUUGUUGUUUGUCUUUAUUAACAUCCUCAACAGCAAUUUCAGUAGAUUCAUUUUGGUACUGGGAACUGAAUUGUAAGUUAUUGCAGUUCGGAUUAGGUGGUGGUUUUGGGUGAUGUUGAUAUUGCCUCAUGCUUUCAGAUUCACUUUUUAGUGAAUUCAAGAAUUUGGAUAUUAGGAACUGAAACUAAGGUUGUUGGAGUUGUGGUUUCGUGGGCUUCGAUUGCUCAAGCCUUGCAAUAGGCAAAAUGGGGAGUAAUGGGGUUGACCAUCCCUUGAAAGAUUUGGUAGAGGAAAGUGUUAGCAGCCAAGAACAGAGUAAGGAUUUUCAGCAUGCUUGUGGAAUUUAUUAUAAGUCACUAGAAAUGGAUAAUAUAAUAAGUCUUCAAAUGAACAAUUUGGAUGCAGGUUCUUUUCGGGAGGAGAGGAAUCAGAAGACAAAUUCUUCUAGGCACACUUCAGUUUUAGAGAUUUUUCAGUCAAAGGAGAUCAAUGUUGGUUCUUCACCUCAGACACCUCAGAGAGGCUUGGACCAUUACAUCACUGCACCUAUUGGCACUCCCAAAGGUUUACUAAUUGAGGAUCAUGAGAUUAAAUUCUCUAGAUCCAUGACUGAGAAGAAGGGACUUCCCAGGCAUGACUUCAAGCUGGAUAGACUGUCAGAGCGUGAAAAGAAAAAAUUAAUUGUUGAGAUGGUCAAGAUACAAAAUGAUGGAACAGUAGAAGUUGAUUUAGAAAAAAGUGCACCUGUUGCCUCUGAGUUGUUAGAGCUCCAGAGUAUUGAAGAUGUGCCUGUCAAUCUUGAUAAUAUGACUUCCAGUACUACCAAGUCAAUUCCAAGGUUGAAAAUUGCCAUACUUGUGGUUGGAACAAGAGGAGAUGUACAGCCUUUUCUGGCUAUGGCGAAGAGAUUUCAGGAGUUUGGCCAUCAUGUUAGGCUGGCAACUCAUGCUAACUUCAGUGCUUUUGUAAAGUCAGCUGGUGUAGACUUUUAUCCUUUGGGUGGUGAUCCUCGUGUUUUGGCAGGAUAUAUGGCAAGAAACAAAGGUCUCAUUCCAUCUGGGCCAGCAGAAAUAUCUAUACAAAGAAAGCAACUGAAGGCAAUUAUUGAAUCUCUUCUUCCAGCCUGCACAGAACCAGAUAUAGAAACUGGUGUGCCUUUUAAGGCACAGGCAAUUAUUGCAAACCCUCCUGCUUAUGGACACGCUCAUGUUGCUGAAGCUCUUGGAGUACCCCUUCAUAUUUUCUUCACAAUGCCAUGGACGCCUACUUAUGAAUUUCCUCACCCACUGGCACGUGUACCUCAAAGUGCUGGUUAUUGGCUUUCAUAUAUUGUUGUGGAUUUGCUGAUAUGGUGGGGCAUUAGGGGAUAUAUUAAUGAUUUCAGAAAAAAGAAGUUGAAGCUUGCUCCUAUUGCAUACUUCAGCACAUACCAUGGAUCAAUAUCUCAUUUGCCAACAGGCUAUAUGUGGAGCCCUCAUGUUGUGCCAAAGCCAAGUGAUUGGGGGCCUCUUGUGGAUGUCGUUGGUUAUUGUUUCCUAAACCUUGGGUCAAAGCAUCAACCUCAAGAUGAGUUUGUUCGUUGGAUUCAGAAAGGGUCGAAACCUAUAUAUAUUGGCUUCGGAAGCAUGCCACUUGAGGACCCCAAGAAAACUACGGAGAUUAUAUUGGAGGCAUUGAAAGAUACAGGACAGAGAGGAAUAAUUGACAGAGGUUGGGGGGACCUGGGGAAUUUUACAGAAGCAUCUGAUAAUGUUUUCCUAUUGGAGGACUGUCCUCACGAUUGGCUGUUUCCUCAAUGUUCAGCAGUAGUUCAUCACGGUGGUGCUGGAACCACAGCUACAGGAUUAAGAGCUGGGUGUCCAACAACCAUAGUGCCAUUCUUUGGAGAUCAGUUCUUCUGGGGUGAGAGGAUACAUGAGAAAGGCUUGGGGCCUGCACCAAUACCUAUUUCUCAGCUCAGUGUCGAGAGCCUUUCAAAUGCUAUCAGAUUCAUGCUGGAGCCAGAGGUUAAAUCUCGGGUACUAGAAAUAGCAAAGUUGAUAGAGAAUGAAGACGGUGUAGCUGCUGCAGUUGAUGCGUUUCAUCGGCAGUUACCUCCUGUGCUACCAAUGCCAACUUCAUCUUCAGAGGAAGAUGAACUUCCAAACCCUUUGGUGUGGUUCUUUCUUCAACUUGAGAAGUGGUGCUGCCUGCCAUGUGGUUCGUAGGAUUCUUGCUGUGUCUUGUACUGUUGUACAGAUAUGUUUCUUCUUCAUUUUUUAUAAUUUUUUUAUAGUCAUAUCAUUUUAAUU